CGCACAACAGGCUUUCGCCCUGAACAAAUUUAGGUUUAGUUUCAUUAGAGCCUGCAUCGUGUCCAGUAGUGUGUUCCAGACACAAAGCGAUGUAUCUCCUUAGUGUAAUCGUCCUGCUGUUCGUAGCCCAGCUUAAUGUAGAAUCGAAACAUGUUGUGAAGACAUAUGAAUAUUGCCGUGGUGGUUACUGUGUGCCGAAACAUUUCUGCCCUACUGGAACAACCGAUGAGUUACCAAUUCUCGGACAAAAUGGCCUCCAAAUAACGCUACGGGUUAAUGAAGAGAAUGAAUGUGGAGAUUUCAUGAUGAUCUGUUGCAAGAAAUCCGAAAGACGUCCGAACGAUGAGUGUGGAAUAUCUAAUCCUCAAGGACUAGUGUACAACGUGGAAUCAAAUCUAACGUACGCGAAGUAUGGAGAGUUUCCUUGGACUGUGGCCAUUUUCCAAAAAUCAUCCGAGUCCGAUUCUCCUGAACUGACACACGUAGGCGGAGGCACCCUCAUACAUCCAAGGUUUGUCCUGAUGGCGGCUCAUACGUUGAAAGAUUCCCAUCGAUAUGUAGCUCGGUUUGGAGAGUGGAACAUGAAAUCAAACUUUGAGUUACAUCCAACACAGGAUAUUGAAAUAAAGAAAUACAUCUUGCACCAGCUGUAUAGGGAGUCUACACUCAGCAACGAUAUAGCUCUUGCCGUUCUGGAAAAGAGAGUAGCCUACUCGGAACACAUUCGACCCAUUUGUCUGCCAAGAGCACAAGACGUAUUUGAUAGUCAACGAUGCAUCGCGACCGGAUGGGGGUUCGAUAUAAGAACUGGGAAGCCACCAUCCAUUAUGAAGCGUAUGGAAAUGAACGUUAUCCCGCGGGCACGUUGUGAGAUGAUAUUUAGCGAGUUGCGUAUUAAAUAUCAGCUGCAUACCAGUGUUAUGUGUGUUGAAGCAGCGAAGGACCAGAACACGUGUUUCCGGGACGGCGGCUCACCUUUAGCCUGUCAAAGGGACGAUGGGUCUUACGUUUUGGCUGCGAUAGCUUCCUGGGUGGUGUAUUGUGACCAAUUAGAUUUUCCAGGAGGUCAUGUGAAUGUUGCGAAAUUUGCUUCCUGGAUACACGGCACGAUUGCAAUAAAUGAAGGAUUGCAUGAUGAUGAAGAAAGCAAUAAUUCGAAAAAUGUAGAUGAUCAAAUGGAAGUGGCGCCACUGCAAAUGCAAUAGCAGAUAUUACAUUUCUUAUCAUACUUUUACGGACUAAGGACGUCUAAUUUCUGAAAAAAUAAAAGUUGUAUAUUUUUUAUGGAUUUUUAUGGAAAUAAACUAAUCGCUGAAAUAAAGUUGCUGU